UCAUUCACAUAUCUAUCACUCAAACUUACAAUUCCACCAUCUUUCUGUGUCAUUUUACCUUAUUCAUGGUUAUGACUCACUCUUUACCUCCUUUGUUCUUUUUUAUGAUGCUCCUCGUACAAGCCAUGGCAGGUGGCAUUGAUCGAAACUGGUAUGAUGCCCGUGCAACUUUCUAUGGUGAUGCGGCCGGUGGCGGAACCAUGCAGGGUGCUUGUGGUUAUGGUGAUCUCUUCAAACAAGGAUAUGGUCUUGCAACUACAGCAUUAAGCACAACCUUAUUCAACCAUGGACUUACUUGUGGUGCUUGUUUUCAAAUAAUAUGUGUAAACGACCCUCAAUGGUGCAUAAAAGGUGCAACUCCAAUCUCAGUGACCGCAACAAAUUUUUGUCCUCCUAAUUAUUCCAAAACGACAGACACUUGGUGUAACCCUCCACAAAAACAUUUUAAUUUGAGUUAUAAAAUGUUCACAUCUAUUGCCCAGGACAAAGCUGGUGUCAUCCCUGUUAAAUAUCGACGUGUUCCAUGCGUCAAAAGUGGGGGUGUUAGGUUUGAACUUAAAGGAAACCCUUAUUUUUUGAUGGUUUUGGUGUACAAUGUUGCUAAUGCUGGUGAUGUUUCUCAUGUGAGUAUUAGGGGAUCUAAGACUGAUUGGCUAACCAUGACGCAUAAUUCGGGACAAGUUUGGCAUAUCAAUCAAAAUUUGGUAGGGCAAAGCUUGUCACUUCUUGUUACUACAAGUGAUGGAAGAUUUUUAAAGUUUAGUUUUGUUGCUCCUUCCGAUUGGAAAUUUGGACAGACCUAUGAGAGCAAGCAAAAUUUUUAAAAUUUGAAAAAUACUUGAGAAAUAUAUCUAGUUACAAAAUCAUAUUAGACUCAACAUUUAGUAUUUUGUUAAUGAAUGCAUUUAAGAAGAUGGUCUUAGGGUAAAAAUUCAUUGAUAGUACAAUUCAAUGUUGUUUGGUAUUUGUUCUUUGAAUUUUGAUGUUCAUUGAUCUUAUUUUAUAUGAAUAAAAUGUUGUUUGAUA